AUGACUCAACAAGCAAUCAAUGAAGUACUUAAUAUCAACGUAUCACCAUCGAUCGUUAAACAUGAAACAAAUCAAUGUACAAACAGAAAAUUAAGUGAAAAAGCAGACGAUGACGAUGACGAUCUUAUUUUCGGAGCACUAGAUGAUGAAGAUUCAUCGAAAGAAAAGAUUGACGAAGUUUCUCCAUCAUCGGAUGAAGGCAUUCAACUCACUUCAUCCAUGGAUCGAGUUGAAAAACGUGAACGUUCGCAUUCAUCGAUGAAUGAUGACUGGGAAAAUAUGUUACCUCUCACCGAGAGUGAUGCACUUCUAAACACGACCAAUGUGCAACCAACCAAUGGAAAGGACUCCAGUGAUCAGAUUAUCGGUAUGUCGAAUUUUCGUGUUAAACAUCGUUUACGACGUCGAUCAAAACCGAAUAGUCUCGUUCGCUGGAAAAAUGCUGUUAAAAAAGCGGUACUUCUCAAAGAUCCAUGGCAUGAUUUUGUUAUUGAUCAGUAUCCCGAGGAAAACGUCACUCGACACGAAUUCGAUCCAGUGAAGCGAACAUGGCACAUUAGUCAAAUUAAAAUCAAAAUCGAAUCGAAACCAUUUGCACAUGGAAGCAUGAGAGAAUGUUUCCGAUUAAAAAAGUUUUCAAUAUUCUCGGCACAUCAUGAUUGGAAUCAUUCGAGUAAUUAUAUCGCCAAACGGUAUAUCGACGAUGUUCCUAUGUCACGUUAUUUCGAUGAUGUGAUGAUGCAAAUGACAACCAAAUUAUGGGGAACACAUUAUAAUCGACAUAACCCGCCGAAAAAAGUUGACAUUGUUCAAAUGAGUGUAUUAGAAUUUCAAGAUCGUCCUGGCCGACCUUAUUACCAUUUGGAACGUUUCAUUGAUGGAAAUUAUAUCAAAUAUAAUUCAAAUAGUGGAUUUGUUUGUGAUGAUGCUUUACGACACACACCACAGGCAUUUAGUCAUUUUACAUUUGAAGCAUCGUGUCACGAACAGAUCGUUGUUGAUAUUCAAGGUGUCGGUGAUUUGUACACAGAUCCACAGAUUCAUACUAAUCUUGGCUUCGAAUAUGGGGAAGGAAAUUUGGGCAUUCGUGGCAUGGCAUUAUUUUUUUCAACACAUGAAUGCAAUGCUAUUUGUGCUCGUCUCGAUCUCACACCAUUUGAUCUAUCAACUGCUGAACGUGAACGUCAAUCUCAACAACACACUUCAAGUCCAUCGUAUAAUUUAAAUUUCUCUUCCCAAACAGCGUGUCGAGGUUCGGAAGAGCCAUUGCAAGGCUUAUCAAAGUUCGGAUCAAUUCUUCGACGUCUACGUUCUCAAUCAUCCAUCUCUGAAGAUGACUCUGAUGGUUACGUAUCUGAAGCAUCAUCGAUAACAGCGGCCAACGCUCAGAUGAUCGAUCAGAAUUUGUUAUUACUAAAAACUGAACAGUUCAUGGCGACCUUUAGUGAAGAAAAUAUUCUAUUGGCAUCGUCAGCGACGAAAGUGAAAGUGCCAACAUCGCCCGCAUCUGCUAGUCUGACACAUCCAUCACCGAAUUAUUACUCACGUUCGCAUUCCGAUUCGGUUUUCAAUAUCGACGAUAUUUAUAAUGCUCAAUUACCAGAUAAAUAUAAGAAUUCCCAUCGUCCUUCAUCGGUCAUGUUAGAAAAAGCCGAAUUGGAAAAAUUUCAACAAAUCUCAGCUUGCUACGAUAAAUAUGAAAGUAUUCUUGGACAAAUUCAUCUUGAAAUGUGCAAAUAUUACCAAGUUGGCCGAUUUAGUGAACUUGGCUCCGAAGAAUUCGACCAAACAUCGGCAAUCUAUCAUUUGGAUCUUGCUGCUGAAUUAUGCGUCACUGAAGCUAUCUUCGCAUUAGCCAAAAUCUAUCUCGAUCUACCCCGCGAUCUCUUACCAAACUAUCAUGCACCAAUUUCAAAAGAACUCUUUCAAAAGGGUCUUGAAUUAAUGACUCGUGCUAGUGAAUGUCUCGAAAUAGAAGCUAAUCUUUAUCUAGCUCAAACCUAUGAUAGAGGAUCUUCAGGAGCAUUAGAACCAGAUUGGAAACAAGCAGCUGAAUAUUACGAAAAAUACAUUCGUUUGCGCGAAAAAGAAUCGAAUGAUAUCGAUGAAGAUAGUGGAACAUGUGAAUCAAAUCCAAGAAAAUUAGUUGACAAUGCCGUUCCAUUUCAUGACCAACACGAUGUUGUUGCUCGCCUGGCUACUCUUUACAAAACAGGUGGAAAUAAUUUAUCUUGCAACUAUCAACGAGCAGGUGAUCUAUUCACUAAAGCAGCAGAAAUGGCCACUGCUGCAAUGAAAGGCCGUCUUGCCAACAAGUAUUAUGGAGCCGCUGAAGAAGCGUAUGGAAUGGAACCGGAAGAAGAGACUGAAACCAAUUAA